CUGCCUCGUUGCUUUCGGCCAUGGAUACAACAGCGGACCCUUGCACAAACUUUUUUCAGUUCGCCUGUGGCACAUGGAACAAGAUACAUAUCAUACCCGAAGAUCGCAGCUCCAUUAGUACAUUCGAGGUUCUCUCUGACGAGCAACAGGUGGUGUUAAAAGGCGUGCUUGAGGAGCCCAUCAAUGACAAUGACAACAACGCCACAAUCAAGGCGAAACAGUUUUACAAAAGCUGCAUGGAUUUACCUCAAAUACGCAAAAUUGGAGAGGGUCGCCUGAAGGAGGUGCUCAAAUCGCUCGGCGGCUGGCCUGUGAUCACACCCAAUUGGCAGCCACCGAACAUGACCAUCGAGCAGUUAAUGGGCCUCAUGCGUGGUAAUUAUAGUGAACCAGUACUUGUCGAACUCUAUGUGGGCGCCGAUGAUAAGAACUCUUCGAUUAACAUCUUGCAAAUCGACCAGCUGCAGCUGGCGCUCCCCUCACGCGAUUACUACCUGAAGCUGAGCAGUGAGAAUGAUUUGAAAGCCUACCAUAAGUACAUGACACAGACGGCAAUAUUAUUGGGUGCUGAUCCCGCGACUGCAGCACAGGAGCUAGACGCGGUGGUGCAACUCGAGAUCAAAUUAGUGAAUGCUUCGCUGCCCGAAGCAGAUCGUCACGACACCAGCGCCAUCUAUAAGAAAAUCACUUUAACCGAAUUGCAGCGACAAGUGCCACAACUGAAUUGGACAAUAUUUCUACAAACAGUUUUGGGACCAGAUAUUCAAUUGUUGCCGGAUGAAGUGCUCGUCAGCUAUGCUAUGCCAUAUCUUGUGGAAAUGGGAAAAAUAGUAGAGACCGCCGAUCGGCGUGUGGUACACAAUUAUGUUAUCUGGCGUUUGGUGAUGUCCAUAAUGGCACACAUGAUCGACGAGUAUCAGCGAGAACGCAUCGAGUUCCGAAAGAUACUGUUGGGCGUGCAGUCGGAGCGCAUGCGUUGGUCGCAGUGUGUAGAAUGGACGAAUAAAAAGCUGGGCCUGGCGGUGGGUGCUCUCUUCAUACGCGACAAUUUCAAUCAGGAGAGCAAGGAUACAGCGCUGGAAAUGAUACAUACGCUGCGCGAGGCAUUCAAUGAGCUGCUGGCAGAAAAUCAUUGGAUGGAUGACGAGACGCGUGCGGUGGCUAGGGAGAAGGCGAACGCAAUGAAUGAACGGAUCGGUUAUCCGGAAAUACUCAACAACGCAACAGAGCUGGAGAAGGAGUACGAAAAU